AUGGUUAAUGGGCUUAUUCGAUCCGGGGAUAAUGCUGAUCUGACAAAAGAAAGAAGAGCCGCUACUUUUAACGUAAACGAACUCUCUGAAUUUAUUCAUGGAGGAAAAGAAGUUCUGGCCAGGAGAAAAGAGAUCCUCCAAUUUGUGGAAUCCAAACCAGAAUUCAAACAAGAGAUUCCCAUCGAAUUCUUGAGUCGAGAACAGAGAUACGAACAGCAAGCAAAGAAUGCUGUCGCGAUGACAGAAUAUGCGACAGAUGUCAUCGACGGCAGUGACUUCUUUGGAGAGGGGAUGUAUUAUCAACAGUAAGUACACGAAAUAUUUUACAUUGUUCAGAUUGAUAAUGGGCCGAGAUUUGCAUGCCUUAUCCCUUCAUUACGUCAUGUUUCUUCCGACCAUUCAAAAUCAAACCACCGAAGAACAACUGGAUAAAUGGCUGGGCCUUGUAAUUACUCGAGGGAUUUCUGGGACUUAUGCCCAGACUGAACUGGGUCAUGGAACUAACCUCAGUCAGCUCGAGACUACGGCCACCUAUGAUCCCAAGACUGAAGAGUUUGUCAUCCAUUCGCCUACUGUGUCAGCUGCCAAAUGGUGGCCAGGAGCAUUGGGAAAAUCCUCAACUCAUGCUAUCGUUAUGGCUCAACUUAUCACUGGAGGACAGGGAUACGGACCCCACCCUUUCAUCGUCCAGCUCAGAGAUCUCGAGAAUCAUAAACCUUUGAAAGGGAUUACGGUAGGGGAUAUUGGACCCAAACUGGGCAUCAACGGAUCGGAUAACGGGUUCCUUUUGUUCAACAAUUAUCGUAUUCCCAGGGAAAAUAUGUUAAUGCGACAUGCCAAAGUGACAAAAGAAGGGAAAUACAUUCAUCCCAAACAUCAAAAACUUGGCUAUGGAUCAAUGGUUUUUGUGAGAUCAAUAAUGAUCAGAGAUCAGUCUUUGCAACUGGCUGCUGCUUCGACCAUCGCCACAAGAUAUUCGGCCGUCAGAAGACAAGGAGAACCUGUUCCUGGGUAGGACUAGUCAAGACUGAUCUUAAUCUCUUAUGUUUUAGAAAGGGAGAAGUCCAGAUCCUGGAUUACCGUACCCAACAACUCCGGAUUAUUCCACAGAUCUCCAAAACACUGGCUUUCCUAUUUGCGGCCUCAGAAGUGCGUGAUCUUUAUCUGAAAGUCACAGAACAGCUCUCGGAUGGGAAUGUUGAAUUACUCCCGGAACUCCAUUCUCUCUCUUCAGGCCUCAAAUCUGUAGUUUCUUGGGAAGUUGCGCAAGGGAUCGAGCAAUGCAGACUCGCUUGUGGAGGACAUGGAUACUCUCAGGCCAGUGGAUUCCCUGAAAUAUAUGCAUAUGCAGUGGGUGGAUGUACAUAUGAGGGAGAAAAUAUUGUCAUGCUUCUUCAAGUUGCAAGGUAAACAUUGAUCUCGGAGCAUAUUUAUUUUACUUUAGGCAGUUACUGAAGUCGGUUACAAAAUUCAAGUCAAGCACAGCAAAAUUGGCCGAGAUCGAUGGGUAUCUCGGUAAUCCUGCUGUUUCUCAAACUUCAUUCCAUGGAUUAAAUGGAUUAAUUCCUCAGGUUCUGAUCAACGACUUUGAGGAAGUCGCAAGGAAACAGGUACUCUUAACCAUAUAUUAGUCAUUCUUUGAUAGAUAUUCGGCGUUUGGGACCGUUUUGAAUCGCUGAAAAAGUCAUUAUCCGAGAGUGAGGCCUUUAAUAAGGUCUCCAUCGACCUUUGCCGCGCUUCAAGAUGGCAUGUUAAGGCUUAUUUGGUAAAGAAUUUCUUUUCCUACAUCAGCCGAUUCCAAGGAUCAGCCCGGAUUAAGGAGAUCCUCCUGGAUUUAGCGAGUCUCUAUGCUCUGGAUCAGAUUUCCGCUGGAUUAUCGCACUUUUUACGAGUAAGUAAUACAAUAGACGCGAAAUGUUUUCCGAAACCAAUUCCAAUGGAUCGUAAACUUAAUGAAUUCCCCUUUCCAGGAUGGAUAUUACUCUCAGGGUCAGGCCGAUCAAGUCAAACUCUCCAUCGAAACUUUAUUGGAACGUCUUCGCCCGGAAGCUGUAGCCAUUGUCGAUUCCUUCGAUUUUAGCGAUCGAGAAUUACAUUCAGUUUUGGGAAGAAGAGAUGGGAAUGUUUAUGAGAAUCUCCUUAAAUGGGCUCAGCAGUCUCAGUUGAACAGAGCCGAUGUUCUCGAUGCUUACCACAAAUAUCUGGGACCAAUGAUGAAGGAAGGAAGGGCCAAAUUGUAA